AUGGCCGGUACAUAUAUCGAUGAUGUCUUCUUUACAUCGAACGAAACCAUCGAAAUUGUUCGACAGCUAUUGCAGGAUGCGAAUGAAUGGCAUCCGAAUAUUAAAUUAGUAGAAUCGAACAUUGGAAGUACUGUUCCAUUUUUAGAUGUUCUUUUGACUAAUAACAAUGGAGUUCUUCAUACAUUCGUUUAUCAUAAACCUUCGGCUGAACCAUAUGUCGUUCCAUUCCUUUCGGAUCAUCCACGACAUACAUUUCCAAAUAUUUUACAAACGACUCUUGUACGAGCGAUUCGAUAUUCAUCGACAUUCGAAGAAUUUAAUAAUGAACGACAUGCUGUUCGCUUUAUGUUAUUAUUUAAUGGGUAG